AUGGCGUUAUGGGUCGAUAAGUAUCGUCCUAAGGAGUUGUUAGGAAAGGACGGGGUCGACUAUCACUUGGAGCAAGCCAAACACUUGAAAUUCCUAUCUGCUGAUUGUAUGCCUCAUCUCUUGUUUUGUGGACCGAGUGGUGCUGGUAAAAAGACUCGAAUCAAGUGUCUCUUGAGAGAGCUUUACGGAGUCGGAGUGGACAAAACGCAACUGAUCAUGAAGGCUUUUACAACUCCUUCGAAUCGAAAACUCGAGAUUCAAACUGUUUCGAGUAACUAUCAUGUUGAAAUGACACCGUCGGAUGUUGGAAUUUACGAUCGGGUAGUAGUGCAGGAUCUCGUGAAAGAAAUGGCUCAGACGUCUCAAAUCGAAGCAUCGUCUCAAAAAUCGUUCAAAGUAGUCGUUCUUUGCGAAGCCGAUUCGCUUACUCGUGAUGCUCAGCACGGUUUGCGUCGAACAAUGGAGAAAUACGCGAACAAUUGUAAAAUUGUAUUGUGUUGUGAAUCACUUUCUCGUAUUAUCGAACCGCUCCAAUCCCGUUGUAUCAUCAUCAACGUGCCAGCUCCAACUGAUGUCGAAGUUGAGAAAGUGUUGAGAAAAGUGAUUCAGAAGGAGAACUUGAACAUGCCGGACAGCGUUCUUCAGAAGAUUGUCGAGAAAUCUGAAGGAAACUUGCGACGUGCAAUUCUGAUGACAGAGGCAAUAAAAAUGGAAAAUGAGGGCGGGAUUCCAGCCAACGCUCAGAUUCCUGUUCCAGAAUGGGAGGUGUACAUACAAGAAACUGCUCGGCUCAUUCUCCAGAAGCAAACCAAUGAUAUGGCACUCAAAGUCCGUGAGAGACUCUAUGAAGUUAUCUCUAGACUCAUUCCACCUCAUGUUAUUUUCAAGAAGCUUCUCGAAUACCUCUUGCCUAGCUGUCCCUCUUCGAUCGUUCGAGAAGUCGUCAGCGAGGCUGCCAAAUUCGAACACCGUCUUUUGCUCGGACAGAAACCUAUUUUCCAUCUUGAAGCAUUCGUCAUUGCUUUCAUGGAAAUCUAUCUGACUAAUGCUUCGAAAGCAAAAUAA